CGGCAUUCUCUUGUUUGUCCAUUGCACAUGCACGCGCUCAAUGGCAACGGAGGAGCGGCGAUUAAUGGAUCUGGCACGGACUGUGCCGGCGAUCCUCCUGCUCGUCGGCACCUCGGGAAAGGCCGUCGCGAGCAUCAAGUGCGCCCGCGAGCUGUUCGCCGGGAAGCAGUGGGGCUUCGAUGACUCCGACGACCCCGAGUCUCCGCCCUCCAACACCGACCGAGGCGGAAACUGCAGCGUCGGCGAACCCAUGGAGACGUCCACCGGAGGAGACGACGAUCACAACGGCAGCGCCGUACCCUGGAAGACCACCCGCGGCAGCCAGUCCCAGACGAGGCUUCCAUCUUGGGCCGUGGUGCAACACGGCGGCUACUGGGCCAACAUCCUCGCCUUCGCGCUGUCCCCCGUAGAGGGCCACCUCCCCGUCGCCUACCGUGAGAUCACGCGCCUCGUCUCGCUCCACGCCGAGGCCGGCCACGUCUUCGUCAACUGCGCCGAGGGCCUCGGCCUCAAGCCCCACCCCGCCGCGCCGUGGGAGCGGUGGAUGGACCUCCGGGAGGCGGCCGUCUGCCACGCCCACGACGCGCUGCUGGCGCUGAGCUCCGCCGCGGCGGCAGCCACGGCAGCCGAGGACUUCCUCCGGUGGCAGUUCCCCGAGUCCCCGCGCGGGAAAGGGUGGUGGUCGGCGGCGCGGCAGCUCGUGGAAGACGCCUGGCGCAGCCUCGGCGAGGCCAAGAACGCGGCGAGGCUCAUGGACAACGCCGUGCUCUGCGAGUUCUUCACCACCUGGAUGAUUCUGACGCGCGCUUAACUGAAGGCGCAUUGCUGAUGGCGACGCCCCUGCGUCCUUUUGCAACUCGUUAUUACUCCAGUACUUGUGCUCCAAUUUCAUUCGAUUUCUGUGUGCACAUUUGAAUAAGUGGUUCUUUGCUGGUACAA